AUGCUUGGGCGAUUGGAUUUAGUUUAUGGUGAGCUUUGCCAUCGUAUGAUGCUUGCAUGUGGAUUGAACAAGAAACUUACGAUCAUAAUCGUUUUUCCAGCUACAAGUAACGGUUACGACACCCCGUCACGCCAAGUAAAUAAUCUAUUCACGAUCUAG